GAAGAGUUCUGUAGGACAGAAAUCACAACAUUUGGAGUGAGAGGAUGUUAGGAACCGAUGUGAAUGCUCUCCGGGACGUUUCUGGCUGCAGGAGUGAACACGUGAUUGGCCGGACGUGGCUGAACCUGUCUGACAGCAGCAGAGACAGACGCCGCUGGGACGGCCCGUCUGCGUCUCACAGACGGCUCUGUCUCUCUGUGAGUGACGACAGGAUGGAGACGUUUCUCUCAGGGUUUCUUCUCCACCUUUACUCACAUUAACAACGAAGCAUUUGUGCAAACUGAGGAGAAAAAGGCCAACAUGAAGACUCCGGUGAGCCUGAGAUGAAGCUGAUGUGAGACAAAGACGAAACUUUGAGGAGAAGUGAAGAACUUAUGGAGGACGCCGUUUAUCGAAUUCCAGACUCCUGCAGAGUGGGCCGGCCUCUGGAUGGGAGCCAUCCGGAUCUCAGGUCCCAGUUCAGGUGGGCCAGGAAGUCCAGCUUGACCGCCGGAUGCAAAGCAGAGUCGUACUCCGUGGCCGACAGUGACGGCAGCAUCAGCCCGUCGGUGGCGUCUCCGCCUCAGCAAGCGUCCGGCAGCACCAGCCCCUGCUCGCACUCCUCCUUCGGCGGAACACGCCACCCUGUGAGCACCUUGAAGAAGUGGCUUUCCAACCCGGUCCGGAAGCUGAGCUCUGGAGCCCGGAGUGAAGCGGACAAGCAGAUCUUCAGGUCGGAGGAGAAGCCGCCGUCAGAGCUGCUGUUUCCGCACAGCGAGAGCCGGCAAAGUUCUCUGAAAACGCAGGACCCCCCGUCCUCUCUGACGGCUGGAAGCAUGGAGUGGAGAAACGGUCCUCUGGACCCGACACUUUCCCCGCUGGCCCAUCAGAACUGCUUAUGUGAACGGCAGCAAAGCAGAGACUCGCAGACUCUAAGUCAGAAGUCCAGCAUUAACACUCUACCAGGAGACGACGGCGGGACAGCAGCUGAAGACUCGACCAGUCAGGGGUCUGCUGCAGUGGACAGUGAGGAGGAAAGAAACGUGGCUUUGGAGAAGAGCUUAUAUGUUCUGACGGAGCUCAUCGAGACAGAGAGGUUGUAUGUAGAGGAUCUGGGAUUAAUAGUGCAGGGCUACAUGAGCAUGAUGUCCAGCCAGGGCGUCCCAGAGGAUCUGAGAGGGAAGGACAGGAUUGUCUUUGGAAACAUCCAGCAAAUUUACGACUGGCACAAAGAAUAUUUCCUGGGAGAGCUGGAGAGAUGUGUGGAUAACCCGGACAGCCUGGCCAAGCUCUUCAUCAAACACGAGCGACGUCUUCACAUGUACGUGGUUUACUGCCAGAACAAACCCAAGUCGGAACACGUUGUCUCUGAAUACAUUGAGACCUACUUUGAGGAUCUCCGGCAGCAGCUGGGUCACCGACUGCAGCUCAACGACCUCCUGAUCAAGCCGGUGCAGAGGAUCAUGAAGUAUCAGUUGCUGUUGAAGGACUUUUUGAAAUAUUAUAGCAAAGCUGGGCGGGACGUCGAGGAGCUUCAGAAUGCGGUGGAGGUGAUGUGUUUCGUGCCAAAGCGGUGCAACGAUAUGAUGAAUGUGGGGAGACUCCAAGGAUUUGAGGGGAAAAUCACGGCUCAGGGGAAGCUGCUCCAGCAGGAUACGUUCUCUGUCAGCGAGCAGGAAGCCGGCCUCCUGUCCAGAGCCAGGGAGAGGCGUGUCUUCCUGUUCGAGCAGCUGGUCAUCUUCAGCGAGCCCAUCGAUAAGAAGAAGGGCUUUUUGCUGCCGGGGCUCAUCUUUAAAAACAGCAUCAAGGUCAGCUGUUUGGGUGUGGAGCAGCCCUCGGAGGAGGACCCGUCCUGUCUGGUCCUGACCUCCCGGGGGACCGACAGCAGCGUGACCCGUUUCAUCAUGCACGCCUCGUCUCCAGAGACGCAGCAAGCGUGGUUCAAUGACGUAGUCCAGAUCUUAGAGACUCAGAGGAACUUCCUCAACGCCCUCCAGUCUCCCAUAGAGUACCAGCGCAGGGAAAGCCUGUCAAACAGCCUGGGCAGGACCAUGAAGUCUCCGGCUGCGGCGCCGUCCGGCCAGCGGCUGCACUCCUCGGGGUCCGUGGACAGACCUCACCAGCCCUGCCUGCUGUCCUACAACAACUCGCUGCCCUCCCUCCACUCGCCGCGGCUGCAGCCGAGCUCCAAGACUUCUAAACAGUGUGAAGCCACAUUUGGAGCCGCUCCGUUUUCCUCCUUCCAGCAGCUCAGUCUGUGCUCCAAGAUGAAGCCGGACUGUGCUUCAUGCAGUAGCAUGUCACCCUGCAGCCAUCACCGCCAGAAGGGGGUGUCUGCCAGUUUCCAGACCAUCACGUUCUGUGACUCCGCCUCCUAUCCGACUCAUCGACCGCACAGCUUGGAUCAGCUAAAGGAGACGGAGCAUCAAUGAGGCAUAAACUGUGUUGUGUCGCUCCCGCACUGAGAUCAUCGCUGCCGAGUCUGUUAUCAUAUACAGAAACAGUGAGAUGAAUACAUGCUGAAGAUCUCCAGUGUUUUAUUGCUUCAUAUUACAAAUGUUUCAGUUUCUUAUUCUUUUCAUGAAAAGCUUCUUAUUUGAUAUGUUUGUUAUAUUUUUACGAAUUGAAUUUGUUGUGAAAUCCUCAGAAUAAAUCUUGACUUUGUGUCCCUGAACAGCUGUAGCUUCUAGAUAGAGUCUGGAUCCAUCCGUGCUCCCUCAGAUUUAACGUUUUUUUAACCCUUUCAUUGUGAGCGUUAUCUGGGUUCAACACUUCUGUGAAUGACACCAAAGUAUGUCUGAUAAGGAAGCAUUGUCCAUCAUUUCUAUGGGAUUGUACUGUCAUGAACGUGUACUAUUUAAAGAGAAGUGUUUUUUUUUUCUCUUCAGUCGAUGUUCUGUUUGUUCAGGCAUAAAAUGUCAUGAAUCCACUGUGGAACGAUCAUUCUCUGUCCAGAGUCUGUUUCUCUUUGUUUCUCUGCUCGACAUUCUGCAGAAAACGUUUCCUAUCAUUUCAAAAGCCUGUUUGGCCCACAAGGCCUCCACCAAGUAAAUGUUUUCUCUCUGUUAUGUAUUUAUUAUUAAACCUUUGAGGAGACGAGUUUGAGCAAACGUCUGAAGUGUUUGUGUAGAUUACUUCAGUUUGUGUUUCUUUAAGUUAUAGAACGAAUGAAAAAACCUCAGAGAUCAAACAUUUGCUGCUGAA